AUGAUGGCGCUCAACCUCGCCCACCAGACCGGCGGGGCGGCCGCGGCCGUCACGGUGGCACCGACGGCACCACGCUCAGCCGUCGUCACGGCGGCCGCCACCGUGGCGGCGCCGUCCGUGUCGGCGGGCGCCGCCCCGGCGCCCGCGCUCCAGAUGCAGACGAUGACGGUGGACGCGGCCCCCGCGCAGCCGCCGGAGGCGGUGAAGCCCGACCUGGCCAUGGCGUGGCCGGCGCUGGUGGCGGAGAGCUCGCCCGACGAGGCGGAGCACGCCGACGUCGCCGCCGAGCUCCGGAGCAAGGCCGGGGUGCCCGUCUUCGUGAUGAUGCCGCUCGACACCGUGCGCAAGGACGGCAACUCGCUCAACCGGCGGAAGGCCGUCGAGGCCAGCCUGGCGGCGCUCAAGAGCGCCGGCGUGGAGGGCAUCAUGGUGGACGUCUGGUGGGGCAUCGCCGAGGCCGAUGGCCCCGGGCAGUACAACUUCAACGGGUACAUGGAGCUCAUGGAGAUGGCCAGGAAGACCGGGCUCAAGGUCCAGGCCGUCAUGUCCUUCCACCAGUGCGGCGGCAACGUCGGCGAUUCAGUCACCAUACCGCUCCCGAGAUGGGUUGGGGAGGAGAUGGACAAGGACCAGGACCUGGCCUACACCGACCGGAGCGGCCGCCGGAACUACGAGUACGUCUCCCUAGGCUGCGACGCGCAGCCCGUGCUCAAGGGCCGCACGCCCAUCCAGUGCUACGCCGACUUCAUGCGCGCCUUCCGCGACCGCUUCGCCACCUUCAUGGGCAACACCAUCGUGGAGAUCCAGGUCGGCAUGGGCCCCGCCGGCGAGCUGCGCUACCCGUCCUACCCGGAGAGCAACGGCACCUGGUCCUUCCCUGGCAUCGGCGAGUUCCAGUGCUAUGACAGGUACAUGUUGAGUAGCUUGAAGGCGGCUGCUGAGGCCGUAGGCAAGCCGGAGUGGGGCAACGCGGGUCCUGGCGACUCCGGCGGCUACAAGAACUGGCCGGAGGACACGGGCUUCUUCCGUCGCGAGGGCGGGUGGAGCACGGAGUACGGGCAGUUCUUCAUGAGCUGGUACUCGCAGAUGUUGCUGGAGCACGGCGAGCGCAUCCUGUCGGCGGCGACGGGCGUGUUCACGGGGUCCCCCGGCGUGAAGAUCUCGGUGAAGGUGGCCGGGAUCCACUGGCACUACGGCACCCGGUCCCACGCAGCGGAGCUGACGGCGGGGUACUACAACACCCGGCAGCACGACGGGUACGCGCCCAUUGCGCGCUUGCUGGCGCGCCACGGCGCCGUGCUCAACUUCACGUGCGUCGAGAUGCGGGACCACGAGCAGCCGCAGGACGCGCAGUGCCGCCCCGAGGCGCUGGUGCAGCAGGUGGCCGCCGCGGCGCGGGAGGCCGGUGUCGGGCUGGCCGGGGAGAACGCGCUGCCACGCUACGACGAGACGGCGCACGACCAGGUGGUGGCCACGGCCGCCGACAGGGCGGCCGAGGACCGCAUGGUGGCGUUCACGUACCUGCGCAUGGGGCCCAAUUUGUUCCAGCCCGACAACUGGCGCCGCUUCGCCGCCUUCGUCAAGCGCAUGUCCCAGCCGGGCGCACGGGAGGCGUGCCGGGAGCAGGUGGAGCGCGAGGCCGAGGGCGUCGCGCACGCCACCCAGCCGCUCGUGCACGAGGCCGCCGUCGCGCUCACCGAUUGA